AUGUCUGUCCUACUUGGUCACAGCCGCACCCUUGUUUGCACCCAUCUUUCAUCCAUUUCAUCCACUUUCUUCCCUAUCUCUCUGCAUCCGCCAUUCCCACCACGGAUGUGGCUAUGUCAGGUCCAGGGAAACAAGGAUUGCCUUGUUUGCUGCGGGGAAUCGAACGAGAUUUGGGGGCGGUGUUUUUGGACGAUCGCCUUAGAAGGUUUAGAACACGGGCACUGGCGUGGUGGCCUGCAGUUGCACGGCUCACUAGAGCCUGCCAUGAUUCGCUCCAGCUCAGAUGCCUUCAGCUGUCAAUCCUCUGCUGGCUUCCUUCCUUCAGCUGACUUCGUUUUCUUCUUUUCAUUCUGCUCUCUUCCUUCACUAUCGAUGGUCUCUUCACGGUCCUUCCUCCUAUCUCAUGUAUGA